AAGAACCGUCAACUUUAUUGCUCAGGAAGUUGCAAACAAAUUUCUUCUUUUUUCCCUUUACAGUCUUUCAUUCAUACAGCAAAUUCAACUCCUUCAUAUCUCUCUCUGCCUUCUAUGCUAAAUUCAGCAAAGUUUUCAGUCAGAGAGAUUUUCUAGAGAGACAGAGAGAGAUUGCUGAGAUGGGUAAUUGUUUGAUGAGCUUAAAAUCUCAUAGUGCUGCUGAAAAGUCUGUUUCCAACAUGUAUUCGAAUCAGAGUACCAACCCAGAUACUAGACCUUCCACAUACACUACAACUUCUGGGACAUUGAGUAACACAAAUGGUGAAGGCUCCUCUGUCACCAGCAGCAGUGCAGGCCAGCAAAGCCAGAGCCAGUUUUCCGCGGCAGCAAGUUGUGGGACUGGGACUUCUUCUAUGGGAGAGAUUUUGGCUACUCCAAACCUCAAGGUUUAUAGCUUUGCGGAUUUGAAGAGUGCCACUAAAAGUUUUAAAUCAGAUACGGUGUUAGGCGUGGGAGGUUUUGGGACUGUUUACAAGGGUUGGGUGGAUGGGGACACUCUUGAGCCCUGUAAGGUUGGCACAGGGAUAAUGGUUGCUGUCAAGAAAUUGAACCAUGAAAGCGUGCAGGGAUUUCAAGAAUGGCAGUCAGAAGUAAAGUUUUUAGGAACUCUUUGUCAUCCCAACUUGGUCAAGCUAUUGGGAUACUGUGGGGAGGAUCAAGAGCUCGUACUCGUAUAUGAGUUUAUGCAGAGGGGGAGUUUGGAAAACCAUCUUUUUAGGAGGAGUUCUGCUACUGAAAUACUGUCAUGGGACAAACGGCUAAAAAUAGCCAUUGGAGCUGCACGGGGACUUGAAUUCUUGCAUAGUUCAGAAAAGAAAAUCAUUUACAGAGACUUUAAGGCCUCCAACAUACUGCUUGAUAUGGACUAUAAUCCAAAGAUAUCGGACUUUGGCUUGGCAAAAUUGGGUCCCUCGGGUGGAGAUUCACAUGUCACAACUCGAAUCAUGGGAACAUAUGGUUAUGCUGCUCCUGAAUAUGUAGCAACAGGUCAUUUAUAUGUGAAAAGCGAUGUGUAUGGAUUUGGAGUUGUGCUUCUUGAGAUGUUGACAGGCUUACGAGUAGUUGACAUGAAACGUCCGAGCAGCCAGCAUAAUUUAAUAGACUGGGCGAAGCCCCGUCUCUUGCAUAAAAGGAAGCUGAAAACCAUGAUGGAUGCACGUAUACAAGGACAAUAUUCAACAAAAGCAGCAGUACAAGCUGCUCAGCUGACACUACAAUGCUUGGAAAUUGAACCCAGAAAUCGACCCUCCAUGAAAGAAGUUGUGGAGGUUUUGGAACAGGUAGAUUCAAUGACAGUAAGGCAAUAAGAGCACAAAAGCAGCUCUACUCAUUCUUCUACAGAUCAGAAUCGUUAUCAUCAUCGUCGGCCUGUUAUCAUCUGCCCAUAUCGACGAAGUGAUAAGAGCAGUUAAAUUCUUUUUAAUUGAGAGAACAUAUAGUUGGGUUAAAGCAUACCUCUUCUAGUUAUUUGUUGUAAUGUUACAUUAGUUAGUUUUAUCAUUCUUUGGUCCCCAGUUUGUAAUUGCAACUAUCAAGCUGUCAUUUUUAUACCACUAUUGUCAAUACUAUUUCUUGACUUGCAUA